AUGUUGUCCAACAUCAGUUUUAGUUCUGCUCCUGAGCUGGUCGAUUUAUACGGUUUGGUUUUGAAGUUUUUGGUGUCCUCAGAAACCACAUUGUUUUACUUUAACCCCACUGGACAGAAGUGCAGCUGGGAAACACUUCCGAGGACUAUUCUAUCCAACCAUCCACAGAUCAUCUGGUUUCGCGAAGAAACUUAUCCAGGAUUGUACAAGCGGCACAGCAGUAACCUGUUUGUAAUGGCCUGUCUAUCUUCGACGUCUUAUGAUGGUCAGCUCCAACUUUUGGCCGAGAGUUUGACCAGGUACCGAUCAGUAAGGGUACUUAUCGAGGUGCAGGAUAAAGAAGGCUCCUUUUUGGCCUCUCAAAUCCUUUUGCUUUGCCAACAACACAGCAUGCUGAAUGUGGUACUGUACUUUUCACGUUGGACACGCACUCUGAAUGUCUUCAGUUACUUGGCCUUUCCAUAUUUUAAACUCUUGAAGCAGCGUUUAUCAGGAUCAUUACGACCCAAAAUUUUUAUCAACCAGCUUAAGGAUCUACAAGGUUAUAAAAUUAGGGUUCAACCCGAUCUGUCGCCACCCAAUUCCUUUUCCUAUCGGGAUCGACAUGGUGAAUGUCAAGUAGGUGGAUUUUUGUGGAGAAUUGUAGAGAACUUUUCCAAAAGCUUGAAGGGCGAUACCCAGGUUCUGUAUCCGACAUGGGCAAAAGCCAAGGUAUCAGCUGCGGAAUAUAUGAUACAGUUUACGCGGAAUGGAAGUUCAGAUAUCGGAGUAACUACCACGAUGAUAACGUUUAAGCACGAGGAAAGGUAUCGCGACUAUAGUUACCCUAUGUACGACAUCAGCUGGUGUACCAUGUUGCCGGUGGAGAAGCCUUUAAGUGUGGAAAUCUUAUUUUCGCAUGUACUAAGUCCUGGAUCAGCACUUCUUCUAAUCUUGGCUUUUAUACUGUUCUUCUUAAUAGUUCCCCAGCUGAUUAAAUGUUUGGGUAUUACUUUUCGUGGAAGAUUAAUUGGAAUGGCUUCAAGGAUCUUUGCUUUGGUGAUGCUUUGCUCCAGUUCUGCCCAACUGCUCUCUCUUCUAAUGUCGCCACCGCUUCACACACGAAUCAAAAGCUUUGAUGACCUCUUAACCUCUGGCUUAAAGAUCUUCGGAAUAAGGAGUGAGUUAUAUUUUCUGGAUGGUGGUUUUCGGGCAAAGUACGCAUCAGCUUUUCACCUAACUGAAAACCCCAAUGAGCUUUAUGAUAACCGAAAUUACUUUAAUACAAGUUGGGCCUAUACCAUCACGUCAGUGAAGUGGAAUGUGAUCGAGGCCCAACAGCGACACUUUGCCCAUCCAGUAUUCCGAUACUCGACGGACUUGUGUUUCAGCUCGGAGACACCGUGGGGAUUGCUGAUUGCUCCGGAGUCCUUCUAUCGGGAACCGCUUCAGCAUUUCACCCUGAAAAUUAACCAAGCUGGAUUGAUUACCCAAUGGAUGACACAAAGUUUCCAUGAAAUGGUGAGGGCGGGACGCAUGACCAUCAAGGAUUACAGCCGAACAAAUCUAAUGAAACCGCUGCGCAUCCAGGACCUUCGCAAGUGCUGGGUCAUCUUUGCAGUGGGUCUGGGCACUUCGACUGUCGUAUUCACCAUCGAAUUGCUUCUUAUCUACACCAACGUGUUUCUCAAUAGCUUGUAG